AUGCUCGUCGCUGACCUCGACAAGCGAACGAUAUUCUUCUCCCGGCUUUUGAAAGACAUCAAGAAGCUGCGCGUUGAGAGGAGAGAAUUUUGCAGCGAAUUGGACGUACUACGAGCGCAUUUGGAAUGGAUUUUACGCCCUCCACGCUCGUGCCUAAUACUCGGAGACGGGAAUUUCUCGUUUUCCCUUGCGCUGGCCACGCUCCACCCGAUGAUGCGGAUUUCGGCGACCGUUUUGGAAGCGAAUGAAGACGAAUUCUUGGCGAGAUAUGGGGCUGAGGCGAUACUGGAGCGAUUGCAAGCCCUACCGAACGUUCGAAUACGCUUUGGAGUUGAUGCGACGAGGGCAGAAACUUUUCCGGAAGGCCCGUUCGACUGUAUUCUGAUGAACUUCCCGCAUCACGGCGGGAAAACGAAUCUACGGCUUGCCCGACGUCUUCUAGCAGGGAUUCUGAGCGGCGUCUCCGAGUUUAUUGAACGAAACUCUCCAACAUCGACUUUCCGGCUGACGCUGAAGCGCGAGCAGACGGAAUUCCGAUAUUUCGAUAGAGUAGCGCUAAGCCAGGAUGACUGGAUUUCCGAUGUGCAGCACUACAUGGACUCCUGGCAGGUGCUCUACCUCGCGGCCGAGACGGCGCUGGAGUGCACGCGGACGAGCCCGUUCGAUCCUGGCUUCUUCCCGGGCUAUGAUGCCGCCGGCUACAAGCGAUCGGCCAAAGGAUUCGAUAAUUUAUACGGCGUCACCUAUCACCUGUCAUGCACUCGAGGUCUCCCGAUGAAGCAUCUAACGCCACUGCGCCCCAUCUUCGAGCACCACUUCUCAUUUGUGGCCCAGCCAGGGUCGGAAAAUCGAUUUUCCGACGUGCCGCAACUCGUUGAGAGCCAGGUUGCCGUUCACACGACCCUUCGUUGCGAGGAAAUCGUCGAAAAGCGGACUGCGGACCCGGCCGGCCGCCAGAAUCGGAUCUUUCGAGUGGUAUUUCAGCCAACACCGCCAACGUCGAAAAGGCGGUGCAACGACCUGGUAGAUGAGGCGCGGCUGCGGAUAUCCGACGAGCUCACAACAACCGGAAAUUCCUUAUCGUUGACG